AUAGAAAUACACAUGUAAUGUCCCGAUGUUAUUUUCUUAGGGUGCAUCCUUUGUUUUUCUGGUUUCGGUCUUUUCGUCAUAGGAUGGCAUUAGCUCUGUGUCUGCAGGUGCUGUGCAGCCUGGGGGGCUGGCUCUCGCUCUACAGUUCUUUCUGCCGCCUGAAUAAGCACCGAAGCUAUGAGUGGAGCUGCCGGCUGGUUACCUUCACCCACGGAGUCCUCUCUAUAGGCCUCUCGGCUUAUAUUGGCUUCAUUGAUGGCCCUUGGCCUUUUACCCACCCAGGUUCACCCAACACACCUCUCCAAGUGCACGUUUUGUGUCUCACCUUGGGCUACUUCAUCUUCGACUUGAGCUGGUGCAUCUACUUCCAGUCCGAGGGGGCCCUGAUGCUGGCUCACCACACACUUAGCAUCCUGGGCAUCAUCAUGGCCCUGGUGCUGGGCGAGUCAGGCACAGAGGUCAAUGCGGUCCUCUUUGGAAGUGAGAUUACCAACCCCUUGCUGCAGAUGCGCUGGUUUCUCCGUGAAACAGGGCGCUACCACAGUUUCACUGGAGAUGUGGUGGACUUCCUCUUUGUGGCCCUGUUCACCGGAGUGAGGAUUGGCGUGGGUGCCCGCCUCCUUUUCUGUGAAAUGGUCUCACCUAAGCCCAAGUGGUUUGUGAAGAUCGGGGGAGUAGCGAUGUAUGCUGUGUCUUGGUGUUUCAUGGUUAGCAUCUGGCGCUUUGCAUGGAAGAAAAGCAUCAAGAAAUACCAUGCCUGGAGAAGCAGGCGGAGUGAGGAGCGGCAACUAACACAUAAUGGACAUCUCAAGACGCACUAGACAAGACUUGCCGCAGAUAAUGGAUUGGGCUGAGUCAGCUAGAGGGACCAGGCUGGGAAUGCAGCUCUUCUGGAAUUACCCUUGUAAUAGACUUAGGGGGGCUAAAGGUAUUUGAUCAGUUUGGUCAGUCUUGGAGCACAGCAUGUGCCAGUAUUAAAUUGCUAUUAAAUUCUCCAGGGCACAGAUACAGAAAGUGAGACUACUCAGUGGUAGCGGUGAAUAAGAGCUAUGAGUGAGCACUCCUGCAUUCCUGCUAGUGUCUGGUGUUUCUGAGUCUUCUUGUCCCUGGGAGGCUUAAUGUUCAGGUAGUUUAGAAAGGGGCUUGAGAUCGGCGCUAUUUCUUCCUUAUUGUCUCAAAAAGUGAUGCCUUCAGUAGAGUCUUCUUUCCAUGGGACCAUCUGAACAAAUUCAUCCCAUUUAUUAGAGAAAGGAGCAUUCAAGAAAAUACAUGCCUUUGGCAUUCUGAGCAUUUGCUUGGGGACUUGGAUCUGCUUAAACCAAGGGAAGGGGGUAAGGGGAUGAGAGAAGAAGAGGGGUAAAACUGUGGCAUUGGUGGGAGACCCCCAUACUGUCAAGCCUCUGAUUUAUUCUAGCAAUACUAAAACUGUGGCAUUGGUGGGAGACCCCAAUACUAACCCCAGACUCUGAUUUAUUCCAGCAGAAGUAUACAAAGAAAUAUUAAAGGGACAAGACCCCUGGGGCACAGUCCAGGGGAAACCAGGCCUGAUUUUCUUGAGUCCUCUCCCAGUGAGGUCACACAGUAUGUGCUUCAUCCCUCUAGCAAUGAUUUGUGAUAAUAUGUGUAAAAUGUGGUUGACCAAGAAUGCUCAUUAGAGACUCAGUGCCCAAGGUUUUUAUCCCGGGCUGGUCCUGUAGGCAGUCUCUGGCUGGCACACAGCGAAAUUCCUGACUCCCAGAAGGAAAGUGGGUGUUCAGCAUAAAUCGUGUUGUUUGCACAGUUUAGGCUCCCAACCAGUUAUCAAUAAGCUAAUGUUGGAAGCCCUCCCCAAAUCAAAGUUUCCAGGUGCCACCCAACGCCGACCUUGUGGGCAGCCCUUUCCAAGGAUAGUAGUUCAGGCCUGCUAUGUUAAUUCUAUUCUGCACAAAACCUAUCAGUUUAGGGUUUGGGUGCAAGAUGAAUGAGGUGUGGGCAGAGUUACUGAGUCCUGUUUGGGUUCUGCCUCACCAGGAAAAUGAUGCCAGUUCUCAGGGCUUUUGUGCAUUAAUCCCCUAGGCAUGAGAGGCUGUGACUAAAUUCCAUAGGGAUUUACCAUGUGGAUUCCACUGUGCUUGAGAUGGUAGUUCAGGUUUCAGCUCUACUAGACAUUCUGCAAAACAGCACCAAAGACUAUGGUGGGUUUUGGCCUCAGAGUGACGAGGCUACUUUUUGCCUUUCGUUUUUGAAUACAUUUCUUCUAAGUCUUACUUUUUUCUUUUUCUCUGAAAAAGGUCUCUGUGGACAAGGUAGUAGGACAAGACUGGUCAUGGAAGAAAAAAAGUAUUUCUUAAUAUGAUAGUUUUUAAAUUUUAACCUAAAAAGAGCAAGAAGGUUCAACCAAGGGGUUAGGAACCAAGAAUUCCUGUUGUUCUUUUUUACCAGUUUUGCUACUCACUUGUCCGAUAGUUUGGGCAAGUCCCUUGUUUACUUUUUGCCUCAGUUUCAACCCUGUUGUGAAUGAAUGAGAUACCCCAUAUUUCAGAGAGAGAUUAUAUGGCAUUUGAUGUGUGGAGUUUUGUUGAUUUUCAUGUAGGGCUUUGAUGAAAAAAAAAAACAAAACAAAGUAUUAUAUAUUUAUGUAUUUGUUAGUUGUGGGUUUGGUGAUAAUCAGACCAGUGGUGACUGAUUAGCUCAGUGGGUGGGCAAGUGUGUGGGGCCAUUGAAGUCAAGGCUGAAGGUCAGUAGGAAGUGUCAGCCCAUUCUCUGGUCACUGGUAAUACUAACCUAAUGAGUGGUCUUCGGCCAGACACGAGGGAGUGGUUGGAACCGCAUAAAGUCAGCACUGCUGGGGGAAAAGCAAUUUUUCAGGCAUUUUAACAGUAGAUCUUCAAGGGACUGACAUUUGGUUAAAAAGUUUUGCUGGACAUGGAAAUAGUCUGACAGCAUCAGCUCUAUCUCUUCUCCCUAUGAUAAGUGUCCCUAAAAGGCUGGUUAGCUUCUUUCCAACAAAAUUGUGGUCAAAGUAGGAUGCUAAGGAAUGCUGAUUUUAGCAAAAGCUUAGUAAAAAAGAGUGGCUUGGCACAUGAGCUAAAAAAAAGCAAAAGAAAAAGCUGGCUCUCAGAUUUUGGCACAGUGCAACCUGUUCCAUACCAGACAAAUGAAUAGGCUUCAUCUGGUACCAAUUCUUUGCUCCUUGCGCAGUGGAAGAGAAGGGACUGCUGAUCUGGCUGUUUGGGGGUCCUCUCCUGGGAAUGCACAGAGCUUUUAAUUUUGAGAAACCUGAACCAUGAUAAGAGAAAGAGAAUCCCUCAUUUCAGAUUUCUUUAUGUGGUUAAUAAAUAUGAAGGAAACUCUCAGAACAAUGUGACAUGAAGAUGACUCAGCAGUUAAAAUGCUGACUUUUUACAUCACAGGUAAAUGAAGGGCUAAUUCAUAGGUGAUAGGGAAGACAAAAUGAAGUAUCAUUUGCAUUUGGAUUACUAUGUAAUAAUUGCUAACACUGAAGGAUUUAUA